AUGAGAUUGCGUUGCCCCGUGGUUCCAGGCAAACAAGGCAAUUAAUUCCUGCUGGCUCUUUGCGACUUUGUUUCAGAUAUCUCUCUCUCUUGUCGGAGAUCCCAUUGCUGCUCAUUUCUCUCACUUUUGCUGCUCAACGCCUGGUGUUGCACAGCCUGCCAUGAAUCUUUUCAAUCGCCGCAGGAAGUCGGACGACACUGCUGUGUCGGCGUCUUCACCCCCUGUCGUCGCCCCCGAACUCAGCAAAGAACAAAUCAAAGUCGCAACUCAUAGGCGCAAAAAUUGGUCUCUCGCAACCUCGUUCUUCCUCUUCAUCACCUUCAUCUUCCUCAUCCUAGUCAACAUAUCCGGUGUACGCAACAAGCCUGUCAUCAGGAACUGGUACUUCAUCCGCCUCGACUUGAGCAACAUAGUGCCAGCUAGUGUUCCGAACUUCGCUCUCAUCAACACCAUUGCCCAGACGCUGGGUCUCCAUGAUUUCUACCAAGUCGGCCUUUGGGGCUUCUGUGAAGGCUACAAAGGCCAGGGCGUGACGUUUUGCAGCAAGCCUCAGACAUUGUACUGGUUCAACCCCGUAGAGAUUUUGCGUAAUGAGCUUCUCGCCGGAGCAUCCAUCAACCUCCCUGCCGACAUCAACGACAUCCUCAACCUCAUCCACUUUGUCUCCAAUUGGAUGUUCGGUCUCUUCCUCUCUGCUACCGUCCUCUCCUUCGUCCUAAUCUUCGUCAUGCCAAUCUCGAUCUACUCGCGAUGGCUCACUCUCAUCGUCGCUAUCCUCGCCUUUGUCAACGCCCUCUUUGUCACUGUCGCUUCCGUUAUCGCUACCGUUAUGUUUAUCAUCUUUCGCAACACUAUUGGUGGUGUGUCAGAGAUUAAUCUCCGGGCGGACAUUGGAACGACAUUGUUUGCGUUCAUGUGGGUUGCAAGUGCCUUUGCCAUUUUCGCUUGGCUGGUACAGAUGGGUCUCUGCUGUUGCUGUGCGUCCAGGAGAGACGUCAGGAAGGGCAAGAAGCGAGGAAGCGAAAAGGCCUACCACAUGGAUGGCGUCGCAGAGACAGGUGGCGUCAGGGAUAGCAGACCUGUCGCGGCAGAGACAAAUGAGAAGGCUCCGAAGAAGUAUCAGUUCUGGAAGCGCGGCUAGGUGCCUAUCUCCCUUGUGUUAUACCAAGAGACGUGGACGUUGACAUUUUCAUCAACAAGGUCUAGUCUAUCAUCAUCUGGUUCUGUUUUUUUUUGGGCGUACAAGCAAGACAAAACAGGUUUUGCAUUCUCACCGGUUCAAGCGAGCGCGGCGUUGGUUUUUGGCAUUCAGCAUAGCAUGGCACAAC